UCUCCCUCUCUCUCUCUUCUCUCUCCCCCUUCUCUCCCCCUUCUCUUGUCUUCCCUCCCUCCUUCUCUGUCCCUCCUUCCCCACUCAGCCUCUUCCAAUCUCUUUCUUUCUCUCUUCAUUUCCCUCAGGUAAUUCCUACAGAAACUUGUACCAACUUGUUUUUGACUGACAGCGAACAGCGAGAGUGUUUCUUCACUUUGAAAAACCUUCAGCACCUAUCUUUCCAAGGCACCCUGCAUGGACUGAUCAUUUCCUUGCCUGGUCAUAAUUUCCCAUCCACCCAGGAGCCUGCACUGGGCACUCUCUGCAGGCCAUAGCAGAGGCCCAUGGUAGCCAGGUGGGUGAAGGGGAGCGAGGACGUGCCACUUGCCCUGCAGAAGAUUCCUGACCUACAGAGUGACUGAUCAGGUGGUCCAAGGAGCCUGAAAAUGGAUGCCAUUCACAUCGGCAUGUCCAGUUCCCCACUGGUGAAACAUACCAAUGGAGUUGGACUCAAGGCCCACAGACCUCGCGUCAUGUCUAAGAGUGGACACAGCAAUGUGAGAAUCGACAAAGUAGACGGCAUCUAUUUGCUGUACCUUCAGGACCUGUGGACAACAGUCAUUGACAUGAAGUGGCGAUACAAACUCACCCUGUUCGCUGCCACCUUCGUGAUGACCUGGUUUCUGUUUGGAGUGGUCUACUAUGCCAUAGCUUUUAUUCACGGUGACUUAGAACUUGGGGAUUCCAAUUCUAAUCACACACCCUGCAUCAUGAAAGUGGAUUCUCUCACAGGAGCAUUCCUCUUUUCCCUGGAAUCCCAGACAACCAUUGGCUAUGGGGUCCGUUCCAUCACAGAGGAGUGUCCUCAUGCCAUUUUCCUCUUGGUUGCCCAACUGGUCAUCACCACGUUGAUCGAGAUCUUCAUCACGGGGACCUUCUUGGCCAAAAUCGCAAGACCCAAAAAGCGAGCCGAGACCAUCAAGUUCAGCCACUGUGCCGUCAUCAGCAAGCAGAACGGGAAGUUGUGCUUGGUCAUCCAGGUGGCCAACAUGAGGAAAAGUCUCUUGAUCCAGUGCCAGCUCUCGGGAAAACUACUGCAGACACACGUGACCAAAGAGGGAGAGCGCAUCCUCCUCAACCAGGCCACCGUCAAGUUCCACGUGGACUCCUCUUCCGAGAGCCCUUUUCUCAUUCUGCCCAUGACCUUCUACCACGUGCUGGACGAGACGAGCCCCCUGAGGGACCUCACGCCCCAGAACCUAAAGGAAAAGGAGUUCGAGCUGGUGGUGCUCCUCAACGCCACUGUGGAGUCCACCAGUGCCGUCUGCCAAAGCCGAACGUCCUACAUCCCAGAGGAGAUCUACUGGGGCUUUGAGUUUGUGCCUGUGGUUUCUCUCUCCAAAAAUGGGAAGUAUGUGGCUGAUUUCAGUCAGUUUGAGCAGAUCCGGAAGAGCCCAGAUUGCACUUUCUACUGUGCAGAUUCUGAAAAGCAAAAGCUGGAAGAGCAAUACAGGCAGGAGGAUCAGAGGGAGCGUGAGCUCAGGAGCCUCCUGUUACAGCAGAGCAAUGUCUGACCCCGGCCGGCCUCUGGGAAGCCCCAGAGCCGCUCCUGACCAGGGUUCCUUGCAAAAGCUAUGGCUGCUGUGCACAUGGGAGGGUGGACCCAAUACCAAACUGCACAGAUAUUCAUGACCCAUCUUUCUCUUUGUUCUGGUGGCUGAACAAGCAUCUCUCAAUAUAAAAGGAUUUCUUCAGACGCCCUGGUCAGAGGUGAACACUCAAAUUCAGAUUCCUCCCCCCUAAAAUGGAAUUAUAUAUCGAAGAAGUGAAUGUAGAAUAUGGAGAGAAUACCUGUUCGGGCGACAGACAUGUAGCAAUGUUGAUAGCAAAUGGAAUAUAUGUCUGUAGAAGAACAUCAGCCUAUAAUUCAAAGUAUUUAUUUAACCCACCUGUCAAGGGCAUCAUCAGCGGCUGAUUCUGAGGCAUGAUUCGCUAUCGGCUUGUAUCACUGCUUAAGAGC